GGCGCCCGGCGCCCCGCCGUCGUCCGCUUCGGCCAGUUCGCCUCCACCUCCACCAAUAAAGACCGUGCCCUGGACUUUGGCAAGGACACCUUCUUCUCGGUGGAGACCUGCUACGGUGUCCCCAUCGAGGACUUCUCCUCCUUCCCCGGGGAGGAGGAGGUCCUCAUCCCGCCCUUCGAGACCUUCGAGGUCACCAACAUCACCAGCAGCAGGGACGGAGUCUUCAUCGAGCUCCGCUCCACGGGCACGCACAGCAACUACAGCUGCGAGUUCGUGAAAG